GACGUACAUAACUAGCAGCACUGGCACCACCCCACCACCAGAUCUGAACACACAACCCAUCACAAUGACAUCGACGCACGAGAAAAUCCGCCAAGCAGCAUCGCGCAACGCGGAGCUCCUCGCCGGGCUCCACGAGACCGACUCCGCUCCCUCCCAGCUCUAUCAACAAAUCCAAUACAUUAAGGACCUGAAUGAACAGCUCAAAGCAACAGAAAAACAAGUUUCGCGCCUGAAAGAAAAAACAGCUCUCGAGCUCAAAGACCACAGGAAGUACAACGAAUCCACCUUCCGGCGCUUCGCGCAUCGCGCAUCAGGCAGGACGGAUAAGUUCAACGAGAAAGCCGCCAAGGAAGAGAAGGAGUACUUUGACGCGAUCCAAGCGCAGAAGAGCGCAGAAGACGAGCUAGGAUAUGUAAGACAGUUGGUCGCUGAAGCCGAAGUCGCAAAGGCCGGCUAUGAGAAAGACGCUGCACGCCACGACGAGUACCAGCGCGCCCUCGAUGCCCUCUACAACUCCAUCUUCGCUGGCACGACCCCCGAAUUCCCCGAAGAAGACGCCCGCGAAGCCGCCUGCGAAGCCGCCAACGCCCGGCUGCAGUCCCUCGCCCAGACGCUGGAGAAAGAACGCCAUGUCCUCGAGCUCGUGAAGAAGGCGUGCGGCCGCCUGCUCGACGCCAAGAGGCUGCUCAUGCAGGCACAUGAUAUGAGUACCAUGGAUCUUUGGGGCGGAUCUACCUUUGCGAGCAUGGCGAAGAGGAAUGCGCUCGAGCAGGCGGAUAGCUGUAUGCGGCAGGUGCGCAUGCUGAGCCAGCAGAUCAGCCAGAUUGAGCCUGGACGCGAGGUGAGGAGUUUGGGGGCGGUGGAUGUGCGGAUUGGAAACAUCUGGAGUGAUGUUGUUUUCGACAAUAUUUUUACGGACAUGGAGAUGCACCAGCGCAUUCAGGCCGCAGAAGCACAGCUCGACCGCGCGCUGGGCAAGGGCGCGCAGCUGAUGAAGGAGCAGCAGGGGCGGGAGAAGGCGCUGCUUGCGGACGUCAACUACGCCAGCGGUGAGUUGCGCGAGCGGAGGGUCGAACUGCAGUGGAGUCGCGAGGAGGCGUUCCGGAAGGUGGUGGGCGGCGAGCAACCACCGCCGCAGAGGACGAUGCCGCAGGUGGAAGGGGAGGACGAGGCGCCGCCUGCGUAUUCUAGGGAGGCUUGAGGAAGGAUCAUCACAGAUGCGGUGAAAUGAGAUUAGUCUUCUGAAGACCGGAGGCGAUAACGCCGUGACUUGGAGUACAACUUCCUCUACUGGAAGGCCAAAACUAAUUCGUCGCAACUCAGUUGACACCUUU